ACACGCCCAAUGAGAGUGGUGAUAGAACUAGCCCCGGGAACACUGCUGUGAGCACCACCCUCACCACCUCCACCUCAGCACCACCUCCACCAGCAGCACCCUCUCCUCCAGCAGCUCAGUAGAACCCAGCGCAGAUGGAGCCAGGGGUCGAGCUGAAGCAGGGAGGGGCCCCCGUGGAUAAGGGGCCGGGGGCCAGCGAAGCCGGGGCAGCCAGUGGGUCCCCCAAGGAGAGCGGAGCCAAACUCACCCUCCAGCAGCUGGCCACAAUCGAGGAGGAGGAGGCGCUGGACAGGAUGCUGGACGAGACGUCUGACUUUGAGGAGAGGAAGCUGAUCCGCACCGCCUUGAGGGAUCUGCGGAAGAAGAAGAGAGCCCAGAGAGAGCAGGACCGAGCCGCUGGACAGCAGCAGAAGGAGGAGCAGAAUGUUCGGCCAGCAGGGGGCGCUGCAGGCGAGAAGCCGACCUUGAGCUCCGCACACAAAGGAGCAGUCCAAACUCAGUCCUCCUCCAGCUGCAAUAAGAAAGUGGGCAGUAUUUCCACCCGGCAGGAUGACAGUCCUUUGCGUGGGGCCGGUGGGGGCAGCAGUGGGCUGAGGGAGCUGGAGAGGAGGCAGGCGGAGAAACGCAAAGAGCUGAUGAAGCCCAAAUCCUCCAUCACACCGACCCGCCAGGCUGUCGUCCAGAAACUGGAGAGAGAGAGUGGAGGCACGGGACUGCCUGGCUGUAGAAUGCCACGCUCCCCUGUGUCUGGUGUCCCUAACAGUAAAAACAUCAAACAGAUGCUUCUGGACUGGUGCCGGGCCAAGACCGAUGCCUAUGAGGGCGUGGACAUCCAGAACUUCUCCUCCAGUUGGAGCGACGGUUUGGCCUUCUGCGCACUUGUUCAUCACUUCUUCCCCCACGCCUUCGACUAUUCCUCCCUCGGUCUCACGGACCGCAGACAUAGGUUUGAGACUGCGUUCAACACAGCUGAAAGGCUGGCGGACUGCCCCGCCCUGCUGGAUGUGGAGGACAUGAUUCGAAUGCGCGAGCCGGACUGGAAGUGUGUGUAUACCUACAUCCAGGAGUUCUACAGGAACCUGGUGCAGAAGGGGCUCGUCAAAACCAAAAAGUCCUGCUGAAGACCCCCCCCCCCAACACGCCUGCCCCCGAGCACACGCUUAAAGGCUUACUGUUGGAUGAGGUGAGAAUGGUGUUCCGGAGGUGACAGGAAGCCAGACUCCUGAGUGUGAAUUCACCGGUGCACCUGAGUAGAAGGGGUUCCUCUGCCUUCUGACCGUAGGUGGACAGCCCACCAUAUCCUGCCAUGUGUGUCUAACCCCC